AUGGAGUGCCGUGUCCAGCGAACUUCGGCGAAUAGAGAUAAAACUCCGGAGGUAGCAGAUGUGAAGGAUAGAACUUAUAGUAGCAGAAAGAAGCAAGAAAGCCGAAGAAGAAUCCAAGGAAGUCGAAGAAGAAUCCAAGAAGGUUGAAGAAGGGGAGUUAAGAAGACCAGGGAAGAAGCUCAAUUGUCAAAGAGCGAUGGAAGUGAAGGCUGAAGCGGCCAUUACCACCGAGAGACCAAACCGGUGUAGAAAUAUACCGGGCAACUUCCUCGCGUUAAGGAAGGUCACCGAAGAAAAGGACCAGCGGUUGGUCUUUUUGCAGGAGGUGAACAACGCAAACUAUGAGUUGCUCGAAUCGCUCCUGCAAGGCCGGGAGUUGGAAGAAGUAAAAAUCGAGGAUCUUCGGCAGGCCAUGGAACGCCGUUUCCAACCGAAGAUGCUCGUUCAGAGCGUAAAUGUAGUUCGUAAAUCACGCUCAACUCACUGUCGUAAAGCUGAGAGCAAGAAUCCGGUAAGUGGAUCCCGUAUAAACGGAGUAGCAGUGAACCGCCUGAAAGAAGAGCUAACCUGUUGUCUGAGUGGAACUUACGAUACGGCAGAGAGUACUUACACUGCACUGCUUAUAGUAGAGGUAGUAUCCAGAUGA